AAAACCAAACGUUCCGAAAACGUUCGUGAAGAGGACGUGUACACGAAAGCUCGAAAAUUCAAAUCGUAGGCUCGGUAAAAUCGUAGAAAAAAUUCCCAUGAGAGUCUAGCGCUUCAGGCUAGAUCCACCACACCAUAAAGUCCAACACAUCGGCGACGAUGGAUAACAACUACCAGGACGAUCCUCGUGUACGUGCACGAUCAGACACGUCAUGGCAAUGGACGGUUUGAUGACGAUAGUGGGGGGCCUGAGUAGGGGCAGAGAGAAAGAGAAAGUCGCAAGGAGCAACAAUAGCGGAGAACGAGACAGAGGAGAGGCCUGGCACAGGCAGAAGUGUGUUUAGUCAACCUGGUGGCGCUGGACGACCAACUGUCGGCGGCGGAGAAACUGUUGGCCCGACUUUGAGGAACUCACGGUUUCGGUGUGCAACCGAGUCCAACUGUCCGGAGUGUGCUGGUCGGUCGUGUUUGUUCCACGUUUAACUGUCGAUUGUUGGUGCGUUUCGCCGUGCCCACGGAAAUCCGAGAGCAGGAGGAGAGAUACCACCAGAGGAUCUCCGAGUACGUGACCAGUGAAUAAAUUACGUAAAACUAAAGCGAGAAUCACUCUCCACUUGGGAACGUUUGAGAAUGGUUAGCAAGGAUUCGAAAAUGGUCACGCCGGAGAUGGCCAAUCCCUAUCUGAAGCCGCCGAGCAUAUCGACCAGCCAGUCUCUGAAAAAUUUUUUUUACAAUCGCGAGACCGGCGCGGUUUUAGGCAGAACAGCCAGUAGCUGGGGGAAAAUAGGAUUGUUCUAUUUGAUAUUCUACGGUGUACUGGCCGCGCUGGUUGCAAUCUGCUUCUGGGGUUUCUUCCAAACGUUAGAUCCAAGGAUACCGAGGUGGCAAUUAGAACGUUCAAUAAUCGGAACAAAUCCUGGGCUAGGAUUUAGGCCACAGCCGCCGCUAGACAACGUAGAAAGUACCCUAAUCUGGUACAGGGGAACUGAUAGCGAGAACUUCAAAUUCUGGGUCAAUUCUCUAGAAUCGUUUCUGAAAGAUUACAUAACGCCAGGUUCAGUUCCCGGUCUUGGUGCGAACAUAAAUAAAUGCGACUACAAUCAGCCGCCUCCUCCUGGCAAAGUUUGCGACGUUGAUGUUAAAAACUGGUAUCCUUGCACGAAAGAAAACAAGUACAAUUAUCAUAAAUCCGCUCCGUGUAUAUUUUUGAAACUUAACAAGAUAUACGGUUGGAAGCCGGAGUUCUACAAUGAUACAAACACGUUGCCACAAGCCAUGCCGAUCGAUCUCAAGGAGCAUAUCACCGGGUUAAAGAAUACUCACCAGUUGAACACAAUCUGGAUAUCCUGCGAAGGGGAGAAUCCUGCAGAUCAGGAAAACAUAGGACCAAUCGAAUAUAUUCCACGAAGAGGAUUUCCCGGUUAUUUCUAUCCGUUUGAAAAUUCCGAGGGCUACCUCAGUCCUUUGGUAGCUGUUCACUUCGUCCGACCUCGCACUGGAAUUUUAAUAAACGUAGAGUGCAGGGCGUGGGCGAGAAACAUAAAACACAACCGCAACGACAAAAUGGGUGUAGUCCAUUUUGAAUUGAUGAUAGAUUAACGUCGUCUAUGUACAUUUCUCUCUGACUUCUCCUUUGUUAGCGUACAGAAAUGCAAUGCGAAUCUCAUAUUUUCUCAUUCUUCCACAUAGCUGAACCAUUUUCUUGAAACGGCUCGCGAGGCCGUCAGAAAUCGAUGACCGCUGCCAAAGUGUGGAAGGGACAUUUGUCAAGUACAAAGAGCUGGAAGGAUUUUUUAUGUUUGUAGCAUGAAAAGUCUAAUUUCUAUGAAAUUUAUACGUACCGAGAAAAAAUAUGAAAUUCCAAAUUGUUCUACGAUUUUAUAUUUUUCGUUCGGUUUUUGUAGGAUAAAGAAUGUAUGAAGAAAAUCAUACGGUUAAAGUGUUUACUUCGUCCAGUACAGUAUGUAGUUACAAAGAGGAAACAAGUAUAUAUUUAUCAUAUGUGAA